AUAAGUGUAUAUGGAACACAGCUGUCGUCAGAAGCUUGCAGAGAGCUGGGCUUCUCCAGUAACUUGCUAUGCAGUUCUUGUAACCUUCUUGGUCAGUUCAGUCUGAAUCAGUUGGAGCCAUUCUGCAGGCAGUGCUGCCAAGAAGAAGCGCAGUUGGAAACCAGAAAGCUUUAUGCAGGAGCUGUCCUAGAGGUGUGUGGAUGAAAAUUGGGAAGGUUCCCUCAAGUCCAGGCUUUUGUCAGGAGUGAUAAGCCAAAACUCUUCAGGGGACUGCAAAUCAAGUACGUGCGUGGUUCUGACCCUGUACUGAAGCUGCUGGACGACAGUGGGAACAUUGCAGAAGAACUGAGCAUCCUCAAGUGGAACACAGACAGUGUGGAAGAAUUUCUGAGUGAAAAAUUAGAACGUCUAUAA